AUGAGCAGUCCCUACCCGCUGCAUGACAUGCCUAUGCCUCCGGAGGCUUUCAAUGGCGGUCCCUCGAGGAUCCGAAUCCAGCGCAGCGCAACAAACAUAGCUCCUCCAAUCCGUCCUCACAAUUAUCAGCAGCCUUAUCAGCUUCCGGAGGAAGCGCACUGGUACCAUGAGCCUCCGCGACGUCAGCUACAGUCGGCGAAUGAGGCCAUUAGCCGCGUCCUUUCCGGCCAGGAUGGUCAUCCUCAAAUCUAUGAGGGCAAUGAUCUGUUCGGAGACGCCAAUGCCAAUCGCCUGCGUUCAAUCUCAGCGCCAUCGCCGCCGUUGACAAGGCCCUCCAUGAUUGCCGCACGCCAGCUAUUCAUCGAAGGCUAUUCACCACGUCGCAUGCAACGGAGCUCCACAUCAAGUACUGCCCGCAUAUGCUUGCCUCCACCCCCUCCACCCCCUAUUCCCCCAGAGACGGUCCCAUUCGACUACCCAAUCGUCGCCAAUGCCAAUCCGCAUGACGCCGACUGCGCGCUUCCGGUGGACGAAUACCACAACGCUCUCGCCGCCGCCAAAGCCGAAAUCGCCAACAUCCUGGUCCCCCGGGGCGCACUGAAACGGGCGCAAACCCUGAGCAAUCUCGGUCCUCCUGUCAAGUCUUUGGACCGUCGCAACAGGCAUCGUGCGGGGACAGCGUAUUCGUACGGACGGGCGCGGCGCCAGGCGGUAUUAUUCGGAGACCCGACCGAUCCGGCUAUCCAGGGGCUGAGAAAAAUCGACUUCGGCGACGAACCCGAGGUUCCUCGACGGCCACCCAGCCCUGUAUUCCCGCAUGAAGACUGCGUUUACUCCUACACCACCAACUUUCAAGGACUGUACGGCGAACUCGGAACCAAAUUUAGGAAUCGCCCGAUGGGAUGUUGGUCCAUGACCACACAGCCGAGGUCGGAUUACUUGCAUACGUGUCUGCACUUCAACGACAUGCUGAUGCCAGAGAAGCGGCCUGCACACACAAAAGCCCCGAGAAAGGCGCCGAUGCCAAGGAUCUAUCCGAGCUUCUUCCCCCCGCGUAAGACGCUGGAGGAGAGAUUUACUUUCACAUUGGGCGUGGACGAGUGGGAGGCGGAGCAAGGGAGGUUGGCGGCGGAGAAGGCUAAGAAGAUUACCAUUGGACGGGGUAUCAAGAAGGUCAAGAAGAUUUUCGAAGCUUUGACUCGAAGCAAUGAGCCUGAGUUGGAGCGAGAUGACUAG